GCACCCUGGAGAGGCGGCUGGGAAUGGACAUGAUACAUAUUUUUGCGUCCCUACCUUUUGACAAAGUGGGCACUGCUUAUCACAGGGUGGCAUCAGCGCUCACCUAAAAAGCCCAUAUACCACUGGUUGAGAUAAACUGUCAUUGAUUUUCGGCAGAAUUAUGUGAGCUUUUAUCUGUUGUUGGAGGUACGUCUUGGUCAGUUAGUUCAGAAAAUGCAGUCUUCGUCAAUCUGCCGCCAUAGACGGCCGCCUGCUGCCUAGUUAUUCAAAUGAGGGGUAGAACCUUGGCAAAACUCCAUCAGUAUGACGCGUUAUUCCGGCGACUACCAUCCCGAAGCAACAUGGAAGCCCACAGUUGUGACAAGCGUGGUCUUGAGCAUUUAGACGAAUAUGAACCAAAACCAGCAAAACAUAUGCGUAGCCUGCACGAUCGCAUGGCGGAAAGGCGACUAGUAGUUAUUUUAGAGGGGGCAACGUUGGAAACAGUGAAGGUUGGCAAGACAUUUGAACUGCUGAACUGUGACCAACACAAGGGCAUGAUCAUCAAAAGUGGACGGGACCCUGGGAAGAUUCGACCUGACAUUACACAUCAGUGUUUGUUGAUGCUGAUGGACAGUCCAUUGAACAGGGCAGGUCUCCUGCAGGUUUACAUCCACACAGAGAGGAACGCCUUGAUUGAGAUCAACCCACAGACACGCAUCCCCCGAACCUUCAACCGCUUCUGUGGCCUCAUGGUCCAGCUCCUGCACAAGCUGAGUGUGAGGGCGGCUGACGGUCCCCAGCGCCUGCUGAAGCUCAUCAAGAACCCUGUGUCAGACCACCUGCCCCCUGGCUGCCCCCGGAUUUGUACCUCCUUCUCCUCUGGGGAGGCAGUGGGUGCCCGCACCGUGGUACCAGAGGAGGGGCCUGCCACUGUGGUGGUCGGAGCAUUCGCACACGGAGCGGUGAAUGUGGACUACACAGAGAAGACUGUUUCCAUCAGUAACUACCCUCUCUCUGCUGCCCUCACCUGUGCCAAGAUGUGCUCUGCCUUUGAGGAGGUCUGGGGUGUGUUGUGAUGAAGUUGACAGCGCACUGCUGCUCCAGCUAAAACUGUUGUCAACAUGAACAUUGUCUUACAGGGACUAGAAAUGGAUCGGACAGUCACGUUCAGUCAAGGAACAUUGUACAGAAACAGUCCAUUUCACCAAUUACCUCCUGUGGAUUUGUAUGAUACUAUGGGUGUAUGUAUUGUGUGUAAAAUAUGGUAUUUUACAUGUCUCAAUUUAAGGCAGAGUUUCAAUAUGAAAUUAAUACUGUUUUGAAUACACCAUCUGUAAGGACUUGGCACCGAAUAUGGUCUUCCUACUUGUUUCUUUGUGGUUUUCUUUACAUGUAUCCAGUGCAUCAUUGUUCCUAUGGUUAUACAGUGGAAAUAAUCUGUAUAGUUUGUCCUCUGGUUUCUGUUGUUCCUUGUCAAGAGACUGUAGGAGAGUAGGGAACAAAACAAUUCAACACUCAUGAUGGGGACAAAAAUGUUUUCAUGUAAUACUGGUCAAAUAAUCACUCAAACACUAUUGUAGCUGGAAACGGCAGAUAUUCCAUAAAAUAUCUAUAGAGGCCCAUUAUCAGCAACCAUCACUCGUGUUCCAAUGGCACAUUGUGUUAGCUAAUCCAAGUUUUUUUUUAUUUUUAAGGCUCAUUUAUCAUUAGAAAACCCUUUUGCAAUUAUGUUAGCACAGCUGAAAACUGUUCUGAUUAAAGAAGCAAUAAAACUGGCCUUUAGACUAGUUGAGUAUCUGGAGCAUCAGCAUUUGUGGGUUCGAUUACAGGCUCAAAAUGGACCAGAAACAAAACUUUAUUCUGAAACUCGUCAGUCUAUUAUUCUGAGAAAUGAAGGCUACUCCAUGCGAGAAAUUGCCAAGAAACUGAAGAUCUCGUACAACGCGGUGUACUACUCCCUUCAAGGAACAGCGCAAACUGUCUCUAACCAGAAUAGAAAGAGUGGGGGGCCCCGGUGCACAACUGAGCAAGAGGACAAGAACAUUGGUGUUUAGUUUGAGAAACAGAUGCCUCAUGAGUCUUCAACUGGCAAGCUCAUUAAAUAGUACACGCAAAACACCAGUCUCAAAGUCAACAGUGAAGAGGUGAUUCUGGCCUAGGCAGAGUUGCAAAGAUAAAGCCAUAUCUCAGACUGGCCAAUAAAAAGAAAAGAUUAAGAUGGGCAAAAGAACACAGACACUGGACAGCGGAACUCUGUCUAGAAGGCCAGCAUCCUGGAGUCUCCUCUUCACUGUUGACAUUGAGACUGGUGUUUUGCAGGUAGUAUUUAAUGAAGCUGCCAGUUGAGGACUUGAGACAUCUGUUUCUGAAACUAGACACUAAUGUACUUGUCCUCUUGCUUAGUUGUGCACCGGGACCUCCCACUCCUUCUAUUCUGGUUAGAGCCAGUUUGCGCUGUUCUUUGAAGGGAGUUGUACACACCGUUGUAACAGAUCUUCAGUUUCUUGGCAAUUUCUCACAUGGAAUAGCCUUCAUUUCUCAGAACUUGAAUAGACUGACAAGUUUCAGAAGAAAGGUCUUUGUUUCUGGCCAUUCUGAGCCUGUAAUCAAACCCUCACUAUUGUAUAGUCAUUUACAACAUUAACAAUGUCUACACUGCAUUUCUGAUCAAUUUGAUGUUAUUUUAAUGGACACUUUUUUAUUUUAUUUUUUAAACAAGGACAUUUCUAUUUGACCCCAAACCUUUGAACGGUAGUGUACAUGUAAUUUGUGAGUAACAAUGUAAUAAAAACCAAUACAAUGUUA